CUGAAGUCUGGAUUCUAGGUUUGCGUAAUGCUGAGGCGUCCUCUGUUCAACAUCUGGAUUAACUAUUUGGAGUCAGAGCUAGCGGCCCAACACAAAACUCUUGACUGUCUAGUCCAUCUUUACGGAAAGACUGCCUUUUUUUUUUAUUACUCUGGACUUUUAACUCCUUUUGUUAACACGAGUUUUGCGUGUAGAUUAUGUAUUCUUUAAAAUGGGUGCGAACAAUGGAAAACAGUAUGGAAGCGAGGGUAAAGGGAGCUCAAGCAUCUCCUCUGACAUAAGUUCGAGCACAGAUCACACACCAACUAAAGCUCCAAAGAAUGUGGCUACCACCGAAGGUUUAGACUCCAGCACACGAACACUGAGCACCCCCAGCCCCGGGCUUAUCUUGCCAUCUAAAUCCUCCUCUCUCUCCUCACCUGCCCUCUCAAGCAAUGGCCAUGAGACCAACUCGUCCUCUUCCUCCUCUGCCCCCGCUGAGACAGUCGCUGUUGUUCACUCUCAGCCUGGCACCCACACGCGCUCCCGCCAGUCGAAAAGCCACCACCACGCCCCCAUCGACCUCCUCCCAGACCACAGUCUGUUGCAGAUCUUCUCCCAUCUUCCCACCAACCAGCUGUGCCGUUGUGCGAGAGUAUGUCGCCGCUGGUACAACUUGGCGUGGGACCCGAGGCUGUGGAGCACCGUCCGGCUAACAGGAGAGCUGCUUCAUGCUGACCGCGCCAUUAGAGUCCUGACCCACCGGCUGUGCCAAGACACCCCAAAUGUGUGUCUGACGCUGGAGACGGUGGUGGUCAACGGCUGUAAGAGGCUCACUGACCGCGGCCUGCAUGUGGUGGCUCAGUGUUGUCCUGAGCUGCGACAUCUGGAGGUUGCGGGCUGUUAUAACAUCUCCAAUGAGGCUGUGUUUGAGGUGGUGUCCCGCUGCCCCAACCUGGAACACCUGAACCUCUCAGGCUGCUCCAAGGUGACAUGUAUCAGCCUGACCCAAGAGGCCUCGUUACAGCUGUCCCCUCUGCACGGCCAGCAGAUCUCCAUUCACUACUUGGACAUGACCGACUGCUUUUCCCUCGAGGAUGAGGGCUUGCGAACUAUCGCCGCCCACUGCCCUCGCCUGACUCACCUGUAUUUGCGCCGCUGCCCCAGACUGACUGAUGAAGCCUUGCGCCACCUGGCUCUCCACUGCCCUUCGAUAAGGGAGCUGAGUCUCAGUGACUGCCGCUUGGUGGGAGAUUUCGGCCUGCGUGAAGUCGCCCGACUGGAGGGCUGCCUGCGCUACCUGAGUGUGGCCCACUGCACCCGCAUUACAGACGUGGGCAUGCGCUACGUGGCUCGCUACUGCCCAAGACUGCGCUACUUGAAUGCGAGGGGUUGUGAGGGGCUGACAGAUCACGGCCUGGGCCAUUUAGCCAGGAGCUGCCCCAAACUCAAGUCUCUGGAUGUGGGUAAAUGCCCGCUGGUGUCGGACAGUGGUCUGGAGCAGCUGGCUAUGUACUGCCAAGGCCUGAGGCGGGUGAGUCUCAGAGCGUGCGAGAGCGUAACAGGCAGAGGACUCAAAGCUCUGGCAGCCAACUGCUGCGAGCUGCAGCUUCUCAACGUGCAGGACUGUGAGGUAUCGCCAGAGGCACUGCGGUUUGUCCGACGCCACUGCCGGCGCUGUGUCAUCGAGCACACAAACCCUGCUUUCUAUUGACAAUCUGAGCUUUUUGGACUGGUCCUCUGACAAGUGGAUGUUCUAAUAUUCCUGCUAUGGUGUUGGCAGCAGCUGAUUUGUCAGAAUUGAUUGAAAACUGGUGUGCAAUACUGGCCAGAAAUUUGUCUUUUUUUGAAAUCCGCUUAGUGGCUGUUAAUGCUGUCCUUUGAAAAAUACUUCCAUAGAAUGUAUUUAACAUAUUUAUC